AUGUCUCUACGAAACUUUACAGAUGAAGACUUGUAUAAUGAAAGAUCAAAUUCUGAUAAAAAAAAAGCUUCAUCAUUAGAUAAAGAAUUACAUUUAUCAUCAAAUAGAGAGUUAUAUUCAUCAUUAAAUGAACCUUUCUUAGAUAAUGAAGCUUUAUUAAAUAAUAUACCUUUAAAUAAAGAAUCAUCUGCUCAAACUUGGAUAAUCGAUAAUAUGCAACCUUUUAAUGUUUUAAAAAAUGACUGGUUUCAUGAUCUUCUAUAUGAAGCAGAGUUACAAUAUCGAUUUCUAGGUGAAGAUACAUUUAAACAAAAAAUAACGUUACUCUUUCUUUAUGAAGCUAUCAAAAGACUGCAAGAAGAUCUUGCAAAAGAUAAAGAAAAAAAUAUUAGAAAUAAUACCAAAAUUUUAGAAAACUUGCUUCUAAAUGAAGAAGAAUUGACAGGAAUUCAAGAGUUGGUUGAUUUGCUAGGUCCCUUUGUACAUGUUACAACCAUAAUAGGCGGAGACUAUUAUCCUACCUUUUCAAUGAUGUUACUAUUAAUUAAAAGAUUACAAGAACAUUUGUUUCGUAAAGAAACAACACUUAAGCAUUCAAUUAUCCGUGAUGUACAUGAUAAGAUUGAACUUUCAUUUAGAAAUCGCUGGGACGAACCAGAAAGACGACACAAUAGAAGACCCAAAGCACCAGAGAUGAUAUUAUUGAAGGCCCAAAGAAUUAAAAAUGACACUAUUGAAGAUCUGGGCACCAGAGACGACACUAUUAAAGACCAAAAUAUCAGAAAUAAUAUCCAAAACACUGGAAGUAACAUUAUUGAAGAUUAA